AUGAUGGCAGGUGGAGCAGUUGAACAUAACGGGAUAUUCUUGAAUCCUCACUAUCACAGUCAACAGUACCACAUGGAGUCGGUUCCCCCAGACUCUCGUAAACGACCACUAACUCCGACCGAGGAAGACUGUUGUACCAAGCGCACAAACACGGGAGAGGAGGGUGAGUACUUCCUGAAGGUGCUGAUCCCCAGCUAUGCGGCCGGCUCCAUAAUUGGCAAGGGCGGCCAGACCAUCGUACAGCUGCAGAAAGAGACGGGCGCCACCAUCAAGCUGUCCAAAUCCAAAGACUUCUACCCAGGAACCACAGAGCGUGUAUGUCUGAUACAGGGUACAGUCGAGGCGCUGAAUAGCGUCCACAGCUUCAUCGCGGAGAAAGUCCGUGAGAUGCCUCAGAGCGCCCAGAAAACAGAGCCAGUCAGCAUACUGCAACCACAGACCACUGUCAACCCCGACCGCGUCAAACAGGCUAAAUUGAUUGUGCCCAACAGCACGGCUGGGCUGAUCAUCGGUAAGGGCGGGGCCACGGUCAAGGCGGUGAUGGAGCAGUCGGGUGCCUGGGUGCAGCUGUCCCAGAAGCCUGAAGGCAUCAACCUGCAGGAGCGCGUGGUCACCAUCAGUGGGGAGCCCGAGCAGAACUGCAAAGCCGUGGAGAUCAUCGUGCAGAAGAUCCAGGAGGACCCUCAGAGCAGCAGCUGCCUCAACAUCAGCUACUCCAACAUCUCAGGCCCCGUGGCCAACUCCAACCCCACCGGUUCCCCCUACGCCAACUCAUCUGAGGUCCUCCCCAAUGCAGCCGCGGCUGCCGCCACUGCCUCCAGCCUUCUGGGCCAGGCCGGCCUGGCAGGAAUGGGCGGCUUCCCGGGCACCAUGUCCAGCUUCUCUGGCAAUGACCUGCUGGCCAUCACCUCGGCCCUCAACACACUGGCCAGCUAUGGCUACAACACCAACACCCUGGGUCUGGGCCUGAACCCCGCUGCCGCCUCCGGGGUCCUGGCCGCCGUGGCUGCUAGCGCUAACCCAGCCGCUGCUGCCGCCGCUAACCUCCUGGCCUCCUAUGCCAGCGAUGCCUCCGGCGGCUCCGGCCACCCCGCUGUCGGCCUGGGCGGCUUCUCCCUGGGCUCGCUGGCUGCCGCCACAGGGGCCUCCAACGGCUACCUGAACGCCUCAUCCCCACUGAUGGCCUCUUCCCUGCUGGCCACAGAGAAGCUGGGAGAUGGGGCCAAGGACGUGGUGGAGAUUGCCGUGCCCGAGAAUCUGGUGGGCGCCAUCCUGGGGAAAGGUGGUAAAACGCUGGUGGAGUACCAGGAGCUGACAGGCGCCCGCAUCCAGAUCUCCAAAAAGGGAGAGUUCAUCCCCGGCACGCGAAACCGUAAAGUUACCAUAACAGGGUCGCCCGCGGCAACGCAAGCUGCCCAGUAUCUGAUCAGCCAGCGGAUCACGUAUGAGCAGGGUGUGCGUGCCACCAACCCACAGAAGGUGGGCUAA